GACAAGCAACUGUGGUACAGUUUGGCCAGCAGCUAGCAACGGCACACCAGCAGUUGCACAGAUUUACAGUGUAAAAAUUUUUAAGAUAAGGACUGUAGUGCUUUCAAAUCUUCACAAAUUCUCUCCGCUCGGUGUGGCGACCCUUCAGAGAUGAGCAGCGAAGAGGAAAGCUCGCUUGAUAUCGAGAUCGAAGCUCUGAAGGCCAUCUACAUCCACGAGCUCGAAGUCGGCUGCGACGAAAGCCAACAAUCGACGUGCGUGAAGGUGUCUCUACACCCGGCCACUGCCGAUAACGCCGAAGAACAGUACGUUCGACUAGAUCUAGUCCUGGUAAUACCACCCGAGUAUCCUGAUGUUUUGCCUGAGAUUACAAUCCGCAACCCCAGAGGCCUCUCUGACGACAAGAUCGCCAAGAUUCAAGAAGAUUUGCAAGAUACAGCACAAGAAAAUGUGGGGAGUCCGAUGCUGUACCAAUUGAUAGAGGUGGCGAAGGAACACCUGACAGAGGAAAAUGUGCCGUGCUGCCAAUGCACCAUAUGCCUGUACGGCUUUGCUGAAGGCGAUGUGUUCACCAAGACCGAGUGCUACCACUACUUCCACUCUCACUGCUUGGCACGCUACGUGCGCCACGCGCUUGAGCAGAUCGCCCUGGAAAAAGCCCACAAGAUGAGCCCCACGCCGCCUUCGGCCAAUGCCGACGACCAUGUGGUGUGCCCCGUGUGCCGACUUCCUCUGCCUCCCCUGCUGGGGCUGACCGAGGAAGAACACCCUCCGCCCAUGGAACAGCAGCAUCAGCCAGCCUUCUGCAUGACGCCAGAGUUGGAGCAGCUGCAGCAGAGCAUGGCGCAGCUCUACGUCCACCAGCAGCGCCAAGGAGGCAUCAUCAACGUGGACGCCGAGAAGAACAAGUUCCUGCUCGAGAUAUCUGCUGCUCCUGAAAACAGCACUGCGCCAGAAGCACCAAAACCGAGUUUCGGAGCCUUCAAGUUAAGGAACUGGAGACCACCCACACAUCACAUGGAAAGUGGAAUGUCCGACAAAGGCAAUGAUGCCCCUUUGCACAAGUCAACAGACAGGCAACAAACGCAACACCAACAUGAACCACGCUUUUCAAAGCCUCCGAGAAACAGACCAUCGAGGCCCACAAACAGGCAGCACGUGCUCAACGACGGCUACGACGAACCCAUUGCAAAUGGCUUUGUCGAACAUUCCGGCGAGACUUCGUCGUCAUCAGGCGCAGAAAGACUUCACAGGUCAGAGACUGGACAGCAAAGGUCGCGAAGGUCACGACCUCACCGCGGUCGUGGUAGGGGAAGUGGACAGCGGCAACAGCAGAACUGGAGCAGACCUCCACCAGAGCGUAAGGAGGGAAGACUAUGUGCGCUCGCCCGAAGCUUACCGACAGGACUACGACGGAAGCCGCGAGUCGAGCGUCGGGGAGGAGAACAACACGAUCAGAGAAGCCAUCACAACGACCAUGCAUGCCACGACAGACUUGAGCCCUUCGUGGAACUCGCAUUUUGAUCGGGACUACGGAGGUGAUGGUUAUGUAGACAUACCUCCUGGUUCACCUGCGGAUGGCUGCAGGUAUGGUGGCGCGCCAGAGUCUCAGAGUAGGCACCACCGCGGUGGUCAAGGUCAUCGUCGAGGCAGGAGGGGUGGAGGCAGUGGCAACGGCCACCACAGCAACGCGCAGCAGGCAUUCAGGAAAAAGCAGUUGAAGUCGCAAAGCAUUGCUCCCAGGAACCACGAGCCCCCAGGAAUUAGCACUCCUGUCGAGAACAGAUGACGAUGGAAGAAAUCCCUCUCCUGGAGCCUUUGGAUUCUUCUCGUCGGUCACCUUUGCCCCCAAGUUGCUGUUCACGCCACAGGUAGAUCAAUAGUUGCAGCACUCUUAAGGGUAGUAUUUAUUUUAGAUAGGAUCCGGACUUCAAGGUUUAACUCUAAACUUUUUUCUUUAUCGUCUUCACUGUCUUUUAUGCUGUCUUGUACAUUUGAGAGUGUGUGUGGACAUGUUUGCCUGCAUACAAGUUUGGAAGAACAAGAAGGAAGUGUUGAUCGGACUCGUAAAACAAGCAGUGUUUGGCUAAUGCAAGUGGCACUAGUGUUUCCUGUUCAUAGUGGACAUUAAAAGUAGGUUUAUGAUUGACAUUG